GCUGAUCAGACGGUGGCCGUGAGAGGACAUGGAGUGAAACCAGGAAGUGUGGUGUAACUGAACACACGUGAGAAAAGUGUGUGUGUGUGUGUUUUUCUUUUAAAUGAAGAUGAAGCGAACGAAAAGAGAAAGUGAAGAAGAAGAAGAUGAAGAGGAGGAUUGUGAUCUGGAUCAGGAUGUUUUGGAUCGGAUACUGAACAAGCUGUACGAUUUCGCAGAUGGACCAGGCGACAAAAGAUCAAAGAAAAAGCAGAAAAAAAGGAAACGGUUAAAGCAGGAAGAGGAAGAUGUGACGGCGGAGGAAGAGAACGUAAUUCUGUUCGAUUGUGGAAAAGAUGACCUGAACGUGAGUCACGUGACCAACGCCGCCGGCGAUGACAGAACCUCUGCCUCGACAUCGGGCGACUCCGGGGGUUUAGAACAGAAAACUUUGGAUGUGGAGAUCGUUACGUUUCAGGAUCCGUGGAAGAAGAAGAAAUCAAAACAAGCUGCUGAGGCAGAAACUAAACCAGCUGAAGGGAAGGAGAAAAAGAAAAAGGAGCCUGAUGUUCUAAGCAUGGAAAAGGCUCGGCUGGACGUCCACCGCUUCGGCAUCACAGGAUUCCAGAAGCAGCAGCAAAGAGUUUUCGAGCAGGACCGAGCCAUCAUGCUGGGAGCCAGGCCUCCGAAGAAGAACUACGUCAAUUAUAAAGAGUUCCAGCAAAUGAUAAAGGAGAAGAAGUCGAGAGAGAAGCAGGAGGAGGCCAAAGCUGACACGCAGAAAAAGAAGAAGAAAUCCUCUGGAAAGCAAAAGAACGUGAAACGCCAGCCCGGUUCCUCCGCAGCAGAACCGACGGGACACGUGGGCCGCUUCAAGAACGGCAUGCUGCUGCUGAGCUCAAAGGACAUUCAGAAGUUAAACAGCAAAGUCAGAAAGUGAGAGAGAGAGAGAGAGAGAGAGAGAGAGAGAGAGAGAGAGAGAGAGAGAAUGGAGGGAGCAAGAGAGAGAGUAAGUGAGAGAACAAGUGUGUGAGAGGGAGAGAGAGAACAAUUGAGUGAGACUGAGAGAGAGAGAGAGAAAACGAAUGAGUGAGUGAAAGAGAGAAAGAACAAGUGAGUGAGAAAUAGAGAGAGAGAACAAGUGAGUGAGAGAGAGCAAGAGAGAAUAAGUGAGUGAGUGAGAGAGAAAAUGAAUGAGUGAGAGAGAGAAUAUGCGAAUGAGAGAUAACGAGUGAGAGAGAGAAUGAGUGAGAAAUAGAGAGAGAGAGAGAACGAGCGAGUGUGUGAGAGAGAGAGAAUGAGUGAGUGAAAAAUAAGAAGGAGAAUGAGAAACUGACAGAGUGAGAGAGAGAGAGAAUGGGUGAGUGAGAUAAAGAAUGAGAGAGAGAGAACGAGUGAUUGA